GACGCUCAGCGUCCAGGCGCUGCAGGCGAGUGGAGAGGAGACGUCGAGUAAGGAGGCAGACGGAGGAAAAAUGGGCUUCGCCGCUGAAACUGUCUGUUCACCUUUUCACGUUUUCGCACGGAAUUAACGGCUUUUUGGGAAGAAGAGGAGGGCUCGGUCCUCUUUCUGACUAAACGACGAGGGAGAGCGCGUUUGAACUUCGACUACAGAGGAAGCCUAACCGAAAAGAGUGAAACCGGCGGUAACAAAGCGGUAGGCUUCAGACACUUUGUCAAGAAGAGAAAUGAUGCCACUCUGAGAGUAACAAUGUUUCCCUGCAUGAUGCUGGCGCUUCUUGUGAAUUUUUUUAUUGCUUUACAUGGUGUGGCUGCUUCGAAGUCCUUAAGUGACUGGCCUGGUGUGUAUCAGGACUUCCAGUGGCGAGCUCAGCUGUGCUGUGAUCUGUCUUCAGAUGGCCCCAGGCUUCAGAGAGAGGCCAGUGGAGCCAGCGCUAUCUCCAGUGUUCAGCAUCAGAACUCAUCAGUCAGUCCUAUUGGAGGCCUCCCUCGUUAUCACUGCCAUGUACAGAACUCCACAAAUGACACAGAAGCCUCAACUGAACCACAGAAGAUCUCUGCAAAGUGUUUGGACAUCCUGUGCUGGCUUGAAGAUGAACGGACAAACUUAAUUUGUGACCUCAAGUAUCGCAGAGCACUGGGCAUCUCCACCAGUCAGCUCACAGUUAGCCUGCAGCAAACCGGAAAGGAGCUGUCUGCACAGACCUAUGAAACAAACUCCACUCAGGCUCAGUGUUCUGGGAAUGAUGCAGUCACUUGUUCUGUUCCUGUUCAUGCCAAUGACGCCUCCAUUUCACUGCUAAUUAGUGGGUCUGUCAACAGCCAUUCCCUGUUGUCGCCAGAGAUGCACAUCAGCACAUAUCAGCUACUGAAGCCAGACCCACCAUUUAAUUUACACCACAAUGUGACCACUGAGGGUGAGGUGAUAUUCACAUGGAAUGACUCACUAUCUGGUGGAUAUCUACUUAACUAUGAGAUACGCUACUCAUCCAACACUUCUCUCCAGCAUUGGGAGGUGUUUAAGGUGCAGCAUCCCUGGGUGCUUCUGAGGGACCUGAGUUCUGGAGUCAGAUACACAGUUCAGGUGCGCUGUCAGAGCCCCCAACGCUCGCAUUACUGGAGUGACUGGAGCCAGCCUUGCAACCUCACGCUUUAUGUCACCUACAUUCCUGAGGAAGUAUUCACUAAGCCUGGGGCAGAAGUAACAGUAUACGGUGUCUUUCACAACCUCAGCUGGACUGCCAGCAGGGCAGUAUGGUUGCUGAAUGGCCGGGUGAUCCCCGAAAGCCAGUACAGAGUGGUCAAUGAUCGGGUCAGCGCGGUCACGAUUACAUCAAAGGAGCCUGGAUUUGAUACUCUGAUGUGCUGUCAUCCAUGGGGAGAGAAAUUUAAGUGCAGCGUUGCUUAUGCCAAAGUCUACACAGAAGGAUAUUUUAAUGCAAAUAUAACCUGUGAGACUAAUCAAUGGUCAAGAACCGAUUCCAUGACCUGCAAAUGGAAUAAAAGUGCAUGGGCAGUGGUCAGAUUCCUGUACAGAAGAUAUAAAAGAAUGUGUGAGGAGAUGCCACAUGAGAAAGGCACCACGGCUCUGAUGCAGGAGGAGCCGAUGUUUGGGACGGAGGAGUGCCCAGAUGGUGCGGGAGACUUUCGGGAAUGCACCUUGCGAGACUUGAGUCUCUUCUCCUGUUACAAGCUAUGGCUGGUGGUGGAAGGAGGACAUGGCAAAGUGAAAUCGCUCCCGGUCUUUGUUGCUCCUGUUGAUUAUGUGAAACCAUCAUCACCCUCAGACCUGGAGGCAAUCACUUUACCCAACAAAACACUGAGAGCGAGUUGGAAGCGCCCACACUUGCCUGCGUAUGAUCUGCAGUAUGAGCUACGCUAUAUUCCUUUGCGUGGAAUAGCAGAUUUUCAGUGGAAGGUGUUUGGGCCCAUCUUUGAGUCAUGGGCAGCAGUUGUGGUACAGGAUCUAUGUGUUCUGUACAAAGUUCAAGUGCGCUGCAAAAGACUGAGUGGCUUGGGCUACUGGAGUGACUGGAGCGAGCUUCAUACUUCCUCGAUUUACAAUAGUCAAGCACCAGUGACGGGUCCAGAUUUCUGGCGAGUUAUACAAGAGGGCACUGCAAAGAAUCACUCUAAUGUAACACUGCUCUUCAAGACCAUUUCGACAGAGGAUCCAGCCAGCUGUGUGCAGGGACUUGUUGUCAUGCACCAGGUCUUAGGGGGUGUCGUGUGGUCGGAUGAUGUAGCCCUUGGCUCAUUUUAUACAUUCCAGUGGAAAGAGGAAGUACAUACCAUCACAGUCAUGUCUCGCAAUUCUUUAGGCUUCUCAGCCAAGAAUAGCAACAUGACUCUGGUGCGUCAGCCUAAACGACAAUGUGUGCGAUCGUUCCAUGCUGCAGCCAAUGCCACCUGUGUGUCUCUGUCCUGGACAUUACUAUCUGACCAGCCUCUGCCUGUUUCCUUCAUCAUUGAGUGGCUACAGCUGAAUGGAGACCCUGGACAAGGCACUGGGAGAGUAGAGUGGCUUAGAGUCCCCUCCACCACCAGGGACCUUCAGCUUUGCCGGCAUUUUUAUGGCUCAGAGGAGUUCAGACUGUACCCUGUAUUUGUGGAUGGGGAGGGAGAGCCAGUGAGAUGCAUAGCUGUGCGAAGUGAUCCUGCAGCCUACAUGCUCCUUAUGAUCAUCGCUUUCCUCUCCGUCGUGCUGUUCGUCACUCUUAUCAUCUCACAAAACCAAAUCAGAAAGCUGAUGUGGAAAGAUGUCCCAAAUCCCAACAACUGCUCCUGGGCCAAAGGGGUGGAUUUCAAAACGUUGGAAGGCACAGACAACCUGUUUGGUCACCCAGAAGGCCUCACUGCUUGCCCACUUCUGCUGGUAACCGAAAGAGUCAGUGAAGUGGAGAUAGUUGAGAAACCCCUUCUCAUCGCUCUUGAGAAAGACCAAGAAAAGGAGGCCCUGCUUCUCUGUUCUGUAGACGUGGAAAGCAAAAGCACCAAUCUUACAGCAAUGGAAGGCUCCUUUGAGCCACUUUCUCUUGACACCUCUACCAUAGCUACAACUCCAGAAACAUCUGGCCAGUCGUCUGUAACAUACUCCACUGUUCUGGUCUUUGAUCAGCCAGUUCUCCUCAGGAAACAGCAGGAAAGUUUAAGCAGCUCCAGCGAUGAGGGCAACUUCUCAGCCAAUAACUCUGAUAUCUCUGGCUCCUUCCCUGGAGGACUCUGGGAGCUGGAGAACCAGUCCUGCUCCGAUGGUGCGAAUCCUCGAAACUCCUGCUCUUACAACUCGGUGGAAGAGUUUUCUGAAACGUCAGAACAAGAGGAUGAAGCUCUGGAGAGCAGGUGGGUGGCCAAAGAACUCUAUUACCUGGGAAUGAAUGAGGAGGAAGAAAAAGAUUUUCAGGAUGAAGACGCAGAUGUGGAUGAAACUGUUUCGUGUGUAGAUUCUAGUCCGCAUUUGGAACGCAAGUUUUCUGGCACCAGUGAUUCAAGCUCCUCUUCCCAGAGAAGCAUUCCUCUCUAUCUGCCCCAGUUCCAGAUUGCAGCCACCGAACCGCUCAGAGAAAAAGUGGAGGACAGUGCCCCCCAGCUGUGAAAUAAAAAAGUAUGUCUCAUCUCUGCAAAUGUUCUCGCAAACUUCUGCAAACUGCCGCUAAAGUGGAUUUAUGAACAGCUACCAUUAUUUUUUCAUAUUCACCCUCAUUCCUCAUGAGAAAAACCAACUAAACUGGCCUUGGAUAAGCUGCAUUAGCAAAGGACCUUAACAUUGGAUCACCUGUUCUGAUCUAAACCACCUUGUGAUCACCAUAUGCCUCCUUUUGACCUUACUUUAAAGAGAAGCUAUAAAAGAAACAGCCAAAUUUUCCAUGAAUAAACUGCCUGGAGCAAACUGUGCCUGGAUCAGACUGCUCCUGCCAUCUAAGCACAGUCUGACAAUGUCAAAUGUUGGGUUGAGUCUCAACCUGUUUUUACUGGAACUCGCUGCUUUUCAUCCUCGCCAUAUGGGAUGCGUCUCAUGUUUGAGGGCUGAAGUAAACGUUUGAAUUACUGACUAAUGUACAGUGGUGUGACAGGAAGUAUUCAAAUAAAAUGAAAGGACCAUACUUUCUCAGGCGUUGAAAACAUAGGACACAGGUGCUUUUGUAAAACCUGUGCAAUCGGUGCAGAUGAAAAUGGUUAAGGAGGUUCGAUCGAAUCCACUGAAACACUAUGACAAUAAUUCUGUUCUAUUUACAUUUGAAUAUGAAUGUAUUUUGUCAUUGAUGUUUACAUUCUAUGAAAACUCGAACAUUGAGUUGUGAAACGUCCCAUCUAUUUUCAUUGUCUGACAUUUUGUAUUGCAAACUGUUUAUGAUGACCAUUGAAUGUUACUGACAGUGAAUCUGUUCAAAAUGUUAAAAUGUAUCUAUCGAAUGCUUGUACAGUGUAUAAAUAUUUCCUGUCUAUUUUUCUGGUCAGAAUAAACUAUUUAUUGCAAGCAC